UGGGGAGCGCGCACCUCGGCGGGACGCCCCGCCCGCCAGCCUGCCCGCGGCCCGCCCUUGCUGGCGCAGCCCAGGGCCCUCCCGAAGCUAUUUUGAAAGUGACCCUGGGCUGGGGCGGCCGCAGGGCGGCGGGGAGAGGCGCGGCGGGCGCGCGGGAACCAUGACAGAAGAUGACCGAGGCGGCGCUGGUGGAGGGCCAGGUCAAGCUGCGGGACGGCAAGAAGUGGAAGACUAGGUGGCUGGUGCUGCGCAAGCCGUCGCCGGUGGCAGACUGCCUGCUGAUGCUGGUCUACAGAGACAGGGCCGAGCGAGCCAAGGGCCUCCGGGAGCGCAGCAGCCUGACGCUGGAGGACAUCUGCGGCCUGGAGCCCGGCCUGCCCUACGAGGGCCUGGCCCACACGCUGGCCAUCGUCUGCCUGUCACAGGCUGUCAUGCUGGGCUUCGACAGCCGCGAGGCCAUGUGCGCCUGGGACACCCGGAUCCGCUACGCGCUCGGUGAGGUGCACAGGUUCCACGUGAUGGUGGCUCCAGGCACCAAGCUGGAGAGCGGCCCUGCCACCCUCCACCUCUGCAACGAUGUCCUCGUCGUGGCCAGGGCCAUCCCUCCGGCCGUCACGGGGCAGUGGAAGCUGUCUGACCUCCGGCGCUACGGGGCCGUGCCAAACGGAUUCAUCUUUGAAGGCGGGACCAGGUGUGGGUACUGGGCUGGAGUCUUCUUCCUGUCCUCGGCCGAGGGAGAGCAGAUCAGCUUCCUGUUUGACUGUAUCGUGAGAGGCAUCUCCCCCACCAAGGGUCCCUUUGGACUGCGGCCAGUUCUCCCAGACCCCGGCCCAGGGGGGCCCACCGCCAUGGACGAGAGAGUGGCCCAAGAGGCCCUGGAAGCGCUGCAGCUGGAGAAGCGGCUCAGCCUCCUUUCCCACUGUGGCAGGCCGGGCAGUGGAGGGGACGACCGCAGCCUGUCCAGCUCAUCGUCAGAGGCUAGCCACUCGGACGUCAGCGCCAGCAGUCGGCUCACGGCAUGGCCAGAGCAAUCCUCGUCCUCUGCCAGCACGUCCCAGGAGGGGCCUGGGCUGGCGGUGACCCAGGCCCCUGGGGAGGCCGCACUGGGUGCCUGGAGGCCACCCCCCAAGCCGCUACGGCCGCGGCAGCUGCAAGAGGUGGGCCGCCAGAGUUCAUCGGACAGUGGCAUUGCCACGGGCAGCCACUCCUCCUACUCUGGCAGCUUCUCCUCCGUCGCCGGCAGCAGCCUGGAUGUGUGGCGUGCCGGCGACGAGUUUGGCUCUCUGCUCAGCCUGUUGCCAGCGGCCGGGGCGCCCGAGCCCAGCCUGUGUGCCUGCCCGCCAGGGACAGCCGAGUACCAGGUGCCCAGCAACCUGCGGCCCCACUACGACACACCCCGCAGCCUGCUCCAGGCCCCUAGGGACCAGACCCCGGCCACGCAGGGCAGCCCUGAUGACACUGCAGCCGGGGACUCGGGCGGCCAGACAUCCAUGGGGUGUCCCUCUGGCUGGCUGAGUGCGAGACGGCGGGGACAGGUGGCAGAGGCCCCAGGCGGUGAGGCGGUGCUACCCAGCCUGGCUGCUGGAGGGUCCUGGGAAGCAGGUGGCCCCCACGCGGGACCCCCUCCGGCUUUCUUUUCCACGUGUCCUGUCUGUGGAGGACUCAAGCCUGCCCCGCCUCCCAGCUCCAGGACAGCUGAUGCUUACAUCUCAAUCCGGCCCCUCCGUCCCUAGCGCAGUCAUGAUGCCUUAAAUGCUAAAAAUCAAAUCCAUCGGCAGCAGCUCCAGACUCCCAAGUCCCGGGGAACUUGAGCCCGAGACCGCCUCCCUGUGCGUCCCCUGUGUGUGAUGAGCUUUACCUGUUUGUCCCUCGCCUCCUCCCUUGCAGCCGCUGGUGGCCCGUCCUACAGGGAGGAAACUGAGGCUCAGGAGGCCUAGGGACUUCUGUGGGGGGGUCUCAUGACUCUGGACCCCCUCCCAGCUCCCCCCACACCAGCCUGUCCCUGGACCCGAAAAGUCCCAGUGAGGGGUGGGUGGGCCGUGCUGGCCUUCUGUGUGGCCACCGUGGCAGGAGGCCCAGCUGUAAAAGUGCUGGAAGGCAGAGGUCAGGACAGGGGAUGCCUGGCUCCGAGGCCUGUACCUUUGCAUUUGGAGGGCCCAGGCAUCCCUUCCAGCACCCUCUGUGGCCUAUCUGCCCACCUGCAUGGAGUGCGGCUGUGUGGCCUGGUUCUGUGCGUCCGCCCUGCGAGUCCAGAGGCACCGAGAGCGGCGUGGCCUGUGCCACGGAUUCUGGACUGUGCUUGGCUUCGUCCCGCGCUCUGGAAUCAGCCCCCGGCCCAGCGGGCAGCUCACCUGCCAGUAUUCCGCUUCACUGUCAGCUGGAGAUGUUCGUUGCUCUUUUACAUUUUAAAAAUCUGACACUGUUUGUAAUAAAUUCUUAGACUGGAAA